AUUCAAUUUAGUCAGCAUAAAGUGGAUGGGAGUUCUCAGUAGUGGCCCAGAAAGACCGCUGAUUUCGAUAGUCAAACAGUUCAUAGCAUGUAACCCCACUUGACCGCUUCACCACAUCAGGCUUUCCUAGUUAAUAAGAUCUAUCUUCCUCUUCGUGGCUCUGGUGUUCUUGGAUUUUCUGUUUCUUAAUGGAAUUCUUGUCCUAUCACCUUGCUUUAUUGUUCUUCCUUUUCAUUGUUGUCAAGAACUCGUUCCAUCGGAAGAGAAAUCUGCCCCCUGCUCCAUUUGCUCUUCCUGUUAUUGGACACCUAUACCUCCUUAAGCAACCACUAUACAAAUCACUGCAUUCUCUUUUAUCACGUUACGGUCCAACCCUAUCUCUCAGAUUUGGUUCUCGUUUUGUCAUCGUUGUGUCUUCACCAUCUGUUGUGGAAGAAUGCUUCACCAAGAAUGACAAGAUAUUUGCGAACAGGCCCAAGUCAAUGGCAGGGGAUCGUCUGACCUACAAUUAUUCUGCUUUUGUGUGGGCACCUUAUGGUGAUCUUUGGCGAAAGCUACGACGUCUUGCUGUUGCUGAAAUAUUCUCUUCAAAGAGUCUACGAAAGUCCUCUACGGUACGUGAGGAAGAAGUUAGUUGCCUCGUUCGCAGACUGUUGAAGGUCUCAACCAGUGGAACACAGAACGUGGAGCUGAGGCUUUUGUUCGCUAUUCUGGCUUCCAAUGUUGUCAUGAGAGUGUCUGCUGGAAAACGUUGUGUUGAAGAGGAACAUGCUGGCACAGAGAUGGAGAAGCAACUAUUUCAAGAUUUUAAGGAUAAGUUCUUUCCUAGCCUGGCCAUGAAUAUCUGUGAUUUUAUCCCAAUUUUGAGGGUGAUUGGUUUUAAAGGGCUGGAGAAGAAUAUGAAAAAGUUGCAUGGAAUUAGAGAUGAAUUUUUGCAAAAUUUGAUUGAUGAAAUUCGAUUAAAAUUAAAGAAAACCACUUCUUUGAAAACUGAUGAAGUAACAGAUGGAGAAGAGAGAAGGUCGGUGGCUGAAAUUCUCUUGUGUCUGCAAGAAUCAGAACCUGAAUUUUACGCGGACGAAGUUAUCAAAAGUACAGUGCUGAUGAUGUUUAUUGCUGGCACAGAAACAUCAGCAAUUACUUUGGAAUGGGCAAUGACACUCCUCUUGAAUCAUCCAAAAGUAAUGCAGAAGGUGAAAGCUGAGAUUGAUGAACAUGUUGGACAUGGGCGUUUGCUUAACGAGUCGGAUAUUGUCAAGCUUCCCUACCUGAGGUGUGUCAUAAACGAGACUCUUAGAUUAUAUCCUCCAGCUCCCCUUUUGCUGCCUCAUUUUUCGUCUGAGGCUUGCACUGCGGGGGGAUUUGAUAUACCGCAAGGCACAAUGCUGGUGGUAAAUGCUUGGACCAUGCAUAGAGAUCCCAAACUUUGGGAGGAGCCCAAUGAAUUCAAGCCUGAAAGAUUUGAAGCAGGUUUGGGAGAGGGAGAUGGUUUCAAAUAUAUUCCAUUUGGAAUGGGGAGGAGAGUUUGUCCAGGUGCUAGCAUGGGUUUGCAGAUAGUUUCUUUAGCCUUGGGUGUGCUCGUCCAGUGCUUCGAGUGGGAUAAGGUUGGAACAGUGGAAGACACGAGCCAUGGUCUUGGAAUGAUUUUGUCUAAAGCUAAGCCUCUGGAAGCAUUGUGUAGUCCCCGCCGUGAUUUGCUUACCCUCCUCUCCCAUCUUUAAAUGGGUUUGAAAGUUAUCUUCGUGUCUAGCUUAAGGCUUCGAGGUCAAGUGAAGGGCCUCUCCCCCAAGUUCAUAAGGAGGUCUUACAUGGACGCACGCUGAUAGCAUUCCUUCGAAAUGUUUUCCAUCUUAGAAUGUGUGAUCUGUUCUAUCUAUGAAUUUACAUGCUACUGCUGUUAUUAGUGUGUGUAUAGUAUUAUGAUAGUUGUUAAA